UUCUGCCCCUCACCUAAACUUCACAAUAUUCCGGAAUCGGUAGGCUACUAUCUCCAACAGUAGUCUAUUUUUACAGUUACUUUUCAUUUUUAAUAAUUUAAUCUCAAUGGAUCGAUACAUAUUUAUCAUUGUGUUAUUAGCGUGUGUUCUGCGGGCCGUGAGGUGCUACAGCUCCGGAAAGGUGACUGGGGCAUGUGACAAUAUGACACCGCAACACAAAAAAGGCGCACAGCAAAGCCCCGCUCCAUUCUCUGUCACCACUGACCGGUUCAGCUUUAAGGAGGGCGAUGAAAUCAUAGUCAAGCUCCUGGCAGCUUCCACUCCAUUCACUGGGUUUAUGUUACAAGCCAGAGAGGUUGGAGGAAGCAGUCCUCUGGGAUCCUUCACUGUAACAAGUGGAGAGGCCCAGCCACUCACCUGCAACGGACUACCUAAUUCUGCAAUUUCUCACACAUCAAAUUCACCUAAAUCCUCCAUCCAGGGAAUAUGGAGGGCCCCCACAUCAGGCAACCUCAACUCCAUCCAAUUCAGUGCCUCCUUUGUAAAAGAUUACUCCACCUUCUGGGUUGGAGUGAGAAGUUCUCCAAUCACAUACAACAUCACUGCAGCACCCCCAGCUAGCAGCACAUCCAUUACCUCUACUGCCUCCUCAUCCUCAGAAGUUUCCAACUCCAGCACUGGAUGUGACAGCACUAAGGUCUGUUUCAGCCAACCUCUGAACUGUGACCCUGGGGUCAGCCCAGACUGUUACUUCCUGUCUGCUAUGACCUCUCUCGGUGACACAGCCAUCCAGUUGGAGAUGACUGGCCCUUCAGAUGGCUACAUCGCCAUCGGCUUCUCAGAUGACCAGAGGAUGGGAAAUGAUGACAUCUAUAUUUGUGGACGGGACAGUGGAGGACUCAUCCAAUUGCAACAUGCCUUUUCAACAGGAAGGAAGACACCAGAGAUACUUCCUCUGGGAAAUGUUUCUGAUGUUAAAUCCUCAGUGAAUAAUAGUAUCAUUAGCUGUUCCUUCACGACUAGGAACCCCAUUUCAACUCAGCGAUCCGGAGGGUCCAGUUCCCUCUACUAUCUCAUGAUCGUUCACGGACCCUCCAAUAAUGGGAAAAUCGGCUUUCAUACUGGCACCUUCAUCAGUGACACCAAAGUGGACAUUUCAAGUCCUCAAAUUGUUACAAGUGAAAAAGAGCCACCUAUUAUUAAAGCACAUGGUUCCCUGAUGUUGAUAGCGUGGAUGACCACGGGUAGUUUGGGAAUGAUCAUAGCCAGGUAUCUGAAAGGUGUGGCCAAGGGGAAACAUUAUUUUGGGAAAGAUGUUUGGUUUCUGGUGCACGUGUUUCUUAUGACACUCACUGUUGCCGCCACCAUCAUCGCCUUCAUUUUGGCCUUCUCAGAAGUUGGAGGCUGGAGUGGGGGAGUCCAUCCUGUGUUGGGCUGCAUGGUUAUGAUCCUGGCCUUCUUCCAGCCAAUCGGUGCCAUGUUCCGAUGUGGACCUCAACAUCACUGGCGAUUCCUCUUCAAUUGGUCGCAUGCUUUGAAUGCAGUGGCAAUAAAAGGUUUAGCUGUGGCAGCCAUCUUCACUGGGCUGUCGUAUUUUAGCACCUCUGAGGAUAGUUGGCUUCUGAAGGUGAUGGGGGGGUUUGUUGGAUGGGAGGCAACGCUGUACAUCCUGCUAGAACUCCACAUGCGCUGGAAGCUCAAUGAUCAUACAGAGAGUGCUUCUGAAUCGACAAGCAUGGAGUUGUUACUGCUGGUCUUGUUUUUCCUUGGAAAUAUAGCCUUUUUGGUGGCACUACUUGUUGGAAUUGGCUCAUCAUGAAGAUCUGCUGAGCAAUGGACUGAGGUCGGAAUGUUGUGAUACAGUAAAUCUUUAAUAUAGCUCAAUGUACAGUAUAUUUUAAAUAAUUGUAUAUUUGUUUGUUGUCAAAUGUUUUAAAGUAACUGUCCAUUGAUUGAGGAUCGAAUGUGAUCAGAUUGUCAAUUUAUACAGUAUCCUUCCAUAUAACUAUGACAGACUUUCCAUGAAGAAUAGGCAUAUUGGACAUUUAACCAGGGUUUAUUGACUGACACUACUUUCUUAACAAAAAGUAAGGAAUUCUUAACAGACUUUCUUGCACAAUACAGGUUCAGUGGACACAAUUAUUGUACUGGAUGCUUUUAAAUGUACCUUUAGGGGCCAUUGAAUUCAAUUGUCAUCCCAAAAAUGGUAUCGGUCAACAGAGAAAAGAAUUUCAAUUUAACAUUACACAAUGGUGUUGAAUGUACUUCAUAAUCACUGAAUAAUCUAGACACUUAACAAAAGGAGAUCGGGUUAAAAAAAUACAAUUACCAGAGCAAAUUCAAUAUAGAAACCCGACCAAAAAGAACCUACAGAAAAAGUUACAAACGAUGGAGAAAUCCUUCACACCAAAGGAGAUUCUGAAUGAGGAAGGUCAUCCAACCUCAUUUGAUGAGUUUUGUGAUAUACAGUACCAGUCAAACGUUUGGACACACCUACUCUUUGUUUUUACUAUUUUGUACCUUGUAGAUUAAUAGUGAAGACAUCAAAACUAUGAAAUAACACAUGUUGAACUAUGUAGUAACCAGAAAAGUGUUAUUUUAUAUUUGAGAUUAUUCAAAGUAGCCACCCUUUGCCUUGAUGACAAAUGCUCAGCAUAUGUGGGAACGCCUUCAAGACUGUUGGAAAAGCAUUCCUCAUGAAGUUGGUUGAGAGAAAGCCAAGAGUGUGCAAAGCUGUCAUCAAGGCAAAGAAUGGCUACUUUCAAGAAUCUUAAAUAUAACAUUUAUUUUGAUUGGUUUAGCAGUUCUUUGGUUGCUACAUGAUUCCAGAAUGUGUUAUUUCAUUGUUUUGAUGUCUUCACUAUUCUACAAUGUAGAAAAAAGUAAAAAUAAAGAAAAACCCUUGAAUGAGUAGGUGUGUCCAAACUCUUGACUGGUACUGUACGUUUCCCCCCAAAUCAUGUUAAACUAUCUGCUAUACAACAUGAUCUUGUGAAGGCCUAAUAACACAGGACUAACUAUUGAUUACUUUCAGACGCGGAAAACGCCUUGCCUCGAUGGCAUUCCAAUAGAGAUGGGCUUUUUAUGAACUACUGACAGAUCAAUUACUGUCAUGUUUUAAUUACUCAUAUAUAAAUGGCAAACUAUCAGACACACAACGAGGGACUGAUCUCUCCUACUGGAACAGGAGCCAUGGGGGCAGUACAAAUAGCCAGUCUCUUAAAAAAAUGGGAGUCACCCCACUGUGCUAAAAUAUUGGCAAAAUGUAUUGCUCAUAGAAUUAAAAAGGUCCUACCGGGAAAUUAAGUCAACAUUAUUUGGGUAUUAGCCAACAGAAUAUGAGCUUUAAAAAUGUGAUAAUAAAAAAAUAAAACAAGAUUUUCACUGGACAGUUACUUUAAAGAAUGUUGCUGUGAGAAUCAUGACACAAAAACACUUUUUUUUCACUGGAUGGCAAAGUUGUGUUUUUAUACUCUGUCACACCAUUAUCAUUAUAUUACAUGACAUUUAAAAUAAAGUGAUUGCACAAAAUAUGUACAACAAAAUCCGUACAAAUUAUGAAUUUAUUUACAUUGCUAUUAUAAUCUCACAGUGAUUAUUGGCACCCUUGCACUUUUCUUCAAAUAAAUUGAAAUUAAAUAUAUAUAUACAUUUGUCUCCACAAUUUAUUGGAUUGUCAACGUUGCAUUUUUUAACUUAAAUUUACCAUUUCAUUUAGUAAAAUAAAACGGUACAACAUUUUUGACACCCAAACUUGGUUGCACAGACAAGUGAACUGCAAAACAAGCAACUUAUUUGAAAAGAAAUAGAGAAUUAUUGAAGAAAAGUGCAAGGCUGUCAAUCAUAGAGAUUGAAAGAGGCCUUAUCUUUGGGUGGGCUGCUGUGCUUUGUGAGGCUUUCUUUUUUAUGUUUGAAAAAAGUGUCAAACUAAUAUCAAACACAGUACAGUACGAAGAUAGGCUGAAACUGCUUCUCCAAUAGAAAGACUAGAUCGCACUUGUAGUCGAUGUCAUGGCGACGUUGGCUAGCUAAACUCAUGCACAGAAACACGUUUAACGGUCUUCUUGUGCGAACUGUGCAUGUGCACUGACAAAUCAAAGGCACUACUUUGAUAUAAAGUUGUUUUUGAUGAACAUUUUUAAAAUUAGUUUGUCACUUUCACGAGGUUGGAGUCAUAAGACAUCUUAAGUCUUAAGACAUUGGCUCGACUCUAGGUUGUGCCUUUAUAUUUAGACAUAAUUAACAACUAAGGAAGAAUUUCUCACUUCUCUCAUUGACUCAUACCAAAUGCCUUCUCUAAAAAAAUAUUUAACACUCAAGAAGUGGGAUACAUCGCCGAAAAUGAGAAAAGUCAAUUGAACUACUCCUUCAGCCUUGAUAGCAUUCCGGAGCCUGUUCGAACUGAGGACUUACAGUAUGUUAAGAAGCCAUUAGUUACAGGACGCUUUUGUUUACUGACUGUUGCCAGACAAUACUUUUAGAAAAUUCCCCCCCAAAAAGUGGCGAAAGUGAGAUAUACAUCUGGUGAGAGUUAUAGUUCUAAUGAAACGGUGAUAACUUUUCAGCUUCGUGCUUCUUCUUGGCCGUCCAAUUGAUUGACCUUUGUCUUAAAGUAAUGAUGGACUGUCGUUUCUCUUUGCAUAUUUGAGCUGUUCUUGCCAUAAUAUGGACUUGGUCUUUUACUAAAUAGGCUAUCUUCUGUAUACCAACCCUACCUUGUUACAAGAGACUAGAGGUCGACUGAUUAUGGUUUUUCAACGCCGAUACCGAUUAUUGGAGGACCGAAAAAAGCCGAUACCGAUUAUUAUUAUUUUUAUUACAACAAUACUGAAUGAACACUUAUUUUAACUUAAUAUAAUACAUCAAUAAAAUCAAUUUAGCCUCAAGUAAAUAAUGAAACAUGUUCAAUUUGGUUUAAAUAAUGCAAAAACAACGUGUUGGGAGAAGAAAGUAAAAGUGCAAUAUGUGCCAUGUAAGAAAGCUAACGUUUCAGUUCCUUGCUCAGAACAUGAGAACAUAUGAAAGCUGGUGGUUCCUUUUAACAUGAGUCUUCAAUAUUCCCAGGUAAGAAGUUUUAGGCUGUAGUUAUUAUAGGAAUUCUAGGACUAUUUCCCUCUAUAUCAUUUGUAUUGCAUUAACCUUUGACUAUUGGAUGUUCUUAUAGGCACUUUAGUAUUGCCAGUGUAACAGUAUAGCUUCCGUCCCUCUCCUCGCUCCUCCCUGGGCUCGAACCAGGAACACAUCGACAACAGCCACCAUCGAAGCAGCGCUACCCAUGCAGGGCAAGGGGAAACACUACUAGAAGGCUCAGAGCGAGUGACGUUUGAAAUGCUAUUAGCGCGCGCUAACUAGCUAGCCAUUUCACUUCGGUUACACCAGCCUCAUCUCGGGAGUUGACAGGCUUGAAGUCAUAAACAGCGCAAUGCUUGACGCACAACGAAGAGCUGCUGGCAAAACACACAAAAGUGCUGUUUGAAUGAAUGUUUAUGCGCCUGCUUCUGCCUACCACCGCUCAGUCAGAUACUUAGAUACUUGUAUGCUCAGUCAGAUUAUAUGCAAUGCAGGACACGCUAGAUAAUAUCUAGUAAUAUCAUCAACCAUGUGUAGUUAACGAGUGAUUAUGAUUGAUUGUUUUUUAUAAGAUGAGUUUAAUGCUAGCUAGCAACUUACCUUGGCUUACUGCAUUCGCAUAACAGGCAGUCAGUCUCCUUGUGGAGUGCAACGAGAGAGAGGCAGGUCGUUAUUGCAUUUGUACAGUUGCAAGAUUGUAUCCCCCGAGCUGACAAGGUGAAAAUCUGUCGUUCUGCCCCUGAACAGGCAGUUAACCCAUCGUUCCUAGGCCGUCAUUGAAAAUAAGAAUGUGUUCUUAACUGACUUGCCUGGUUAAAUAAAGGUAUAAAAAAAUAAGCCUUUUUUAAAUCUUUUUUUUAAAUCGGCAAAUCGGCGCCCAAAAAUACAGAUUUCCGAUUGUUAUGAAAACCUAAUUAAUCGGCCAUUCCGAUUAAUCGGUCGACCUCUACAAGAGACUGUAGAGACAGCAUCCAAGAUGGACGUUCGUAUACACUGUUUCGUGGGGCUAUCCAUCUUUCUAGAUCCAGUUUUACUGGGAUUACUACGCAUGCGCACUAGCACUCAGUGCAAACAAGGAGCAGUGAAGAUGUCAUCACGUUUUCCAAAAACAUAAGAGAGCAGUUGCUUAGGUACUGUAUCUCUACCCGACAGACAAUAACAAAAGGAUCAGUAUAACUGACUGAUAGUUGUUAUUCAGCAGUCUUAAAAGUAUGCCUUAUCUAUUUUUAAGAACUAUUGAAAUAGUGAUUUUGGUAGACAGCAGGCAGUUUGUUGUUUACUUGUCUCAUGAUUAUUCCAUAUAUUGGGCCUGAUUACUCUAUUUAAACUGAGCUUUAGUAUUUCAUGUUCUUCUGUUUGUUUGUUUUUUUAAAUGUUUUUUUUCUUUAUUGUAAUUGUUGUUUGAUCAUUUUGUUGUCCUUUAAUGUGGAACUGAAAUUCCAAUAAAAACAUUAUUACAAAAUUAGGUUGAUGGCA